CAGCUACCAAUAAUGUUAAUUUACAUCUAACUUGAUUGACAAUAUCCCAUCUUCUCUCAACAAAAUGUUUAAACUUUGAACCUUUCAAACAUUAAAGAUAAUUGCUCUUUUUCUUCAUUUUUUUUAAUACAAUAUUAUGGGUGAAUAUUAAAAUUAGUGAUAAAAAUGUUUGAAUGCAAAAUAUAAACAUUUGAACCAACUAUACCGCAAGAUACUAUCCAAAUAUACCCAAAAUACAGUUAAUCCGAUUGGAUUCCAUUUCUACGAAAGCACAAUAGAAUCCAAACUAACCCCGAGUAAGUAAAUGCCUUAGAUUUGAGUUCAAAAUUUAGUGAGCACGUGGGAAACAGCUGAGAGAACAAUUCUAGAACUAAAAUAGUAAAAUAUUGACAUAACAUAAAAAUAUUCAAAAUUUCCUUUAAAAAAAAAAAAUAAUAGUCACACUUGCGAACCGAACCGGCCGCUUAGUCCCUUCUCUAUCAGUUACGGCAUCCAAGCGCGCCGCUUCUCAUCUGUUCUCCUCUUUUUGGUUUCCGACUUUCCUUGUCUAUACAAUCUCUCGAAACCAAUGUUUAUCUUUUUAUUUUUUUUAUCAUUUUUAAGUUUUUAUGAACCUUUCAUCAAAUCAAAUUUGUUGACUCGGUCUUUAAUUCUUUAUAGAGAGAACCAUUUUUUUUUCUUUUAAAGUCUUGAAUUUUUUUAUAGAAAAGAUCUUUUCUUUCUUGUUCUUGACUUUGGAAUAUAAAGAUCCCUUUGAUUCCAUUGAUUUCCAAUACCCAUUUGAACCAAAAGAAUCAAUACCCAAAACAACACUCCCCACCACCACCAUAAAUUCUUCUCUUUUUUUGUUCUUUUCUUGUAUAUAUUGAAGCAUAUACGCCUGGUUAUAAUAUAAAAGAAAAAAAAACCAUCAUCAUGAGAGCAAGAUUGGUGGCGUUCCCGAUUAAAGGAAAAAACUGGUGCUUUAGCAGAUCCAUUGACCAGUCUGCAUCAGAAUCCACCGCUACCAACACUCUUUCCACUGUCAAAGUGCUUUGGAAGAAGAUAGCAUCAAGUUCCAAGCCCCUCAAUGCGAAUACGGAGCUUCUUGUUGAUUUCAUUUCAACAAGAUGAAUAAGGCUUGGAUGAAUUUGGAAAAGGCGCCUGAGGGCAGUUUCAAAAACAAGCUACAUGGGUUGGGAUUGCGGCUUUUAGUUCAAGUUAAGCCAUCUGAAAUUUUGUUGAAAUCUAUAACUAAGGAUGUUACUAAUGUUAAGAUUACAUACCCGUCCAGUUUUAAUGCACAGCUUGUGCGGCAAAGAUUACGACAGAUAGCCUUGAGUGAGAAGCUCCUUCAGCUAGUCUCAAAUUACUCCCAAGUUCAAAACUCGAUGGUUUCAAAUGGGAAGGGGAAUGAAUCUGAGCAUAAUGAUUCCAAGCACAGAACCAAGGAUUCACCUGGUUUUCAAUGGGUGAUGGAACCAUCCGAGGAAUUGGAGAACCUUCUUCACCGUGGACAUGACAAUGGUAGUCUUAGCGAACAUGCUUUUUCAGAUAUAUGCAUGACGUUUAAUUUGAACAAGAAUGAUGUUUUAAAGUGUCUAAUGAAUACAAUUCUUUCGGGAAUGCGGGAAAGGAAGAUUCAGUCCACUCGUUUGAGUAAAGAGAUACAUGCGCUCAUUUAUCAUUUACAGUGUAUCUAUCAUUUGUGUUUGGUAAGAAGCAAAAAGGAAGAAAGGAGAAAGUGUGAAGGAAAAUGCACCCAAAAAAAGGGAAAAAACAAUAACCUUUUACCUUCGCUUUCAUUCGGUAAAAAUGAAGUCAAAAGGAGAAAAAAUGAAUGACUUUACACAUUUUCUUAUUUACUUGUCUUUCAAAUUCAAUCUUUUAAAUCUGAUUCACGAAAAUAGGUAGAAUUUUUCAACAAAUACUGAAAAUCAUGUCACGCUUUGUUGUCACGUGCACCAAAAGCAUAUUUAAUAAGUUUUUUAAAUAAAAACAUUUUAAUAUUUUCCUUAUUUUCAGAAUUAAUGAAUUACAACUAAACAAAUAUUUGAAUAUUAUAAUAAAACUCAAAUAAUGAAUUCACAUUAUUAGUAAUUCAAAAGUUUAAUUUUUAUAAAUUAUAAAAGUUAUUAAAAAGAGCAUAUUAUA